AUGUCCACCGAGACAGCCUUUCAAUCACCAACGCACCCCUCCGUCAUGAACGUGAUCCGCCGACCCGGUUCCUUCGAAUCCUACAGCAUCUCCGUCGUCACACUGGCCCCAGGAGCCCUCAUGGCCCGCCUCACCAGCCCACCUAUGACUCUGACAGCGACCCAGCGCUGGUCCAGCGUCCAGGUCUCCGAGACCCAACACGUCGAAUUGAACUGCGACUUCCUGUACGUCAACCACAGCUGCGAACCGAGCCUCGAGUUCCACGUCAUUCCCGACUGCGACGAACCGGUGAUCGAGAUCCGCGUGGCGACACGGCACGACGAGGCUGGACACCCCAAAGGCCUCAGCCCCGGCGACGAGUUGACCUUCUUCUACCCGAGUACCGAGUGGGUGAUGAACCAGCCGUUCCAGUGCAGGUGCGGGACGAGGAGUUGUCAGGGCCGGAUCUCGGGGUCGAGAGAUAUGAGUAGUGAGCAAUUGCGAGGGUAUUUCCUGAAUGCUCAUAUUGAGGAUUUGAGGAGCAUUCCGCGGGAGGGAAAGGAUAAAGGGGAGGGUAGAGCGAAGCCGGGAGGCUGGUAA